AUGAAAAAUUCAUCUCUAGGUGAAUGCUGGAAUGGUGGUGAAGAUCGUAUUGCAACAGCUACAAUUAUGUUGUUAGGUGAUGAAUGUACUCGUGGUUGUCGUUUUUGUUCAGUUAAAACUUCUCGUAAGCCUUCACCACCUGAUCCAAAUGAACCAGAAAAUACAGCUAAAGCUAUAUGUUCAUGGGAUAUUGAUUAUAUUGUUUUAACAUCUGUUGAUCGUGAUGAUUUAUCUGAUCAAGGUUCAUCACAUAUAGCACAAACAAUAAGUUCAAUAAAGCGACAAAAACCAAAUUUACUUGUUGAAUGUUUAACACCAGAUUUUCGUGGUGAUAAAAAAUGUAUUGAAACAAUUGUUAAAUCAAAUUUAGAUGUUUAUGCGCAUAAUGUUGAAACUGUACGAGAAUUACAAUCACAUGUUCGUGAUUAUCGUGCUAAUUUUGAACAAUCAUUAAAUGUUCUUAUUUAUGCAAAAGAAAUAAAUCCAAAUUUAAUAACAAAAACUUCAUUAAUGUUAGGUUUAGGUGAAACAAAUGAACAAAUUCGAGAAACAAUGCAUCAACUACGUACACGAGCUAAUGUUGAUUGUUUAACAUUAGGACAAUAUAUGCAACCAACAAGACGACAUUUAAAAGUUAAAGAAUAUAUUCGACCAGAAGUUUUUGAAGAAUUAAAAAAUUAUGGUGAAUCAAUUGGAUUUCUUUAUGUAGCAAGUGGACCACUUGUUAGAUCAUCUUAUCGAGCUGGAGAAUAUUUUAUUAAAAAUAUUCUUAAAAGUAAACGUCAAGAGAAAGAAGCAGCGAGUGCUUAA